ACACACUUCAUUACGGUUGAAGACCAAAUAAAAAAAAUUGUUCGAAAAUGUACAAACAUUUUAUAAUUUGUAUAUUAUGGACUUUAUGCGCUGUAGUAGCUGCUGCUCCUGAAGGUCGUAUUAUAGGCGGCCGAGAAGUUGAUAUAUUUAAACAUCCUUAUUUGGUGUCAAUACGUUAUAGAUCACAAUCAAAUGAAUCGUAUGUCCAUAAGUGUGCUGGUGCCAUUUAUAGUGAACGUGUAGUGGUAACUGCUGCUCAAUGUGUGGUUGAUAUUAAGGCUAAUGAAAAGGUAAUGGUAGUAGCUGGUGCCAAUUCGCGCACUGGUGUAGACGGUUUGCCAUAUCCCGCCUUAAAAUGGUUUUCACAUCCCAGCUACUCUUCCUGGACGGUGGACUAUGAUAUUGGUGUAAUAAUCAUAGAUGAUGUUUUUGAUUUAAAACAUCUGAAUAUGAAUUCUAUAACCAUCAAAGAGUCUCGUCCUAUAGAGGGUAAAGUUGCUACAGUUGCCGGUUGGGGUUAUCGUGAAGAAUUUGGUCCUUCUUCUUCGCAUCUCGAAGAAGUUCAGGUACCUAUUGUAAGCACAGCUGAGUGUACACAAUCGUAUGGUGUUGGUGAAAUAACCGAACGUAUGAUAUGUGCUGGUUAUGUUAAGACUGGUGGUAGAGAUGCUUGUCAAGGUGAUACUGGUGGUCCUCUAGUGAUGAAUAAUCAAUUAGUGGGUUUGGUAUCCUGGGGGCGUGGUUGUGCUCGUCCUGGUUAUCCCAGUGUUUAUACUUUUGUUUCGGCUUUGAAGAAAUGGAUCGAUGAUACAAUUGCUGCUAAUGUUUAGUUCAAAUGUACUUGUUAUUUAUUUAAAAAUAAAAAAAAAACUUUGCUUUAAGUAUUAAAAUUGGAAACG